CACCUCUAGGAGCUCUUCUUCUUUCCUUUUCUUUUCGCUACGUUUCCGGAAAGGUCGUAACUGGGCAAUUUUGUAUUUUAAAACUGAACACGUGCAAUUUUGCAUCUUUUUCGUGUUCUAAUUAAUAAAGAUGGUGAACGUACCAAAACAACGUCGCACUUUCUGCAAGAAGUGCAAGGUCCACAAGCUGCACAAGGUGACCCAGUACAAGAAGUCCAAGGAGCGUAAGGGUGCUCAGGGCAGGCGUCGUUACGACAGGAAGCAGCAGGGUUUCGGUGGUCAGACCAAGCCCAUCUUCAGGAAGAAGGCUAAGACCACCAAAAAGAUUGUGCUGCGUAUGGAGUGCACUGAGUGCAAAUACCGCAAGCAGACUCCCCUGAAGCGUUGCAAGCACUUCGAGCUGGGCGGUGACAAGAAGCGCAAGGGACAGAUGAUCCAGUUCUAGGCUCCAUCAUCCAACCGAAACUCUUUUUUGCUAUCGAAGUGGUUUUAAGUUGUUUUUACGCCGCUGCAUGGCGGCAAAUAAAACAAGUUAACUUGUAGACAUAA